AUGUCUGGAAUGCAGGUACCCCCGAACAGCGUAUGGAGUUCCAUGAACUACACUCCUCCUCGCGGCUCCUGCAAUCACAAGAACGGCAUGAUAUCCAAUAAGUGUCCUUGUCUUCGCUUUAUGCUACACCCAGUAAAGGCUGCCACGUCAUUUGAAUGUGACGGUUGUGGCCACCAUGCAUCAUACCACAACCUGGACAACCCAUCGGAGGACGCGAUCCUGGCCAAAUGGAGUGCUCAAGAGGCACAGACUCAAGCAGCGAUAACCACCACCUCAGCACGAAACAAUAAGCGCAGACGCAUCACCUCACAGCCUCACAACGAGCAGCAAGCUGCCAUCACGAUCGCCGACGAUUCAGAGACCGUAGAUGGCGCACCCAAUGGUCAGACCAGGAACAACGAAAAACUUCAUGCCUUUUCAUCGGUCUUCAGCAGCAGGAGCGGCAGCCAGAGAUGA